ACCGAAUAAAGACCAGUGGUGUGUGCAGGCUCGAGAGUUUCCGACUCUUCGACCAAAGCUUGCCUUUGCAUCAUUUUCUUUUUGAAAACAUUGUCUGGAGAGCCAUGCCCAGCCCGCCGUUGCGAAUUGCCAUCCUUGAGUGCGAUACACCACGAGCCCAGACCCAGGCAAAGUACGGGGGAUAUGGCGGUGUUUUCAAGCAGAUGCUUGAGCGGGGCGCCGAAGACCUUGGCCAUCCCGGCCUAAGUGCCAGCGAAGGUAUCGAACUGAGCAUGUACAAGGUCGAAGAGGAGCAGUACCCGAAUCUGGACGACAUAGAUGCGAUCCUCAUCACAGGCUCAAAGCAUGACUCGUUCGCCGACACGCCGUGGAUCCAGAAGCUGGUUGCGUUUACGAAGAGCGUGCUGGAUCACGAGCGCGUGCGGGCGAUAGGCGUGUGCUUUGGACACCAGAUCAUCGCACGAGCCUUGGGCCAGCGCGUCGACCGCGGCACAAAGGGCUGGGAACUAUCCGUCGUGCCCAUCGAGCUGUCGGCAAAAGGCAAGGAGCUCUUCAAAGUGGACAACCUGUCCAUCUGGCAAAUGCACAAGGACGAAGUCUACGGCAUCCCGCCCGGCGUGGAACAGCUUGCCUCGACCGCGAUAUGCGACAACCAAGGCAUGUACAAGGCCAAGAGCUUCAUCACAGUGCAAGGCCACCCGGAGUUCACGAGGGAGAUCGAGGAGGAGAUCAUCACGGGAAGGUACCGGGAAGGCGUCUUUACGGAGGACAUGUACACCGAUGCGAUGCAGAGACUGCAGGACAAAGACGACGGGCUCAUUGUCGCACAGGCGUUUUUGAGAUUUCUGCUCGAGGACUAAGGUCGGCUGCCGGGCAGAGCGAGGACGUGUUGGCGAUCGCGACGUUGAGCGUCUCCGGAGCGUGGCCGUCUGGCACGUUGCGUCGCCUGGGACAUGAUGCCCCCCCGAGGUAGAAGGUAGAUCUGAUGUGUACAUACAUAGAGCGUGGGGUUUUACCUUUGGCCAUCGAGCGCGAAGAAUCCUGUUGCAGCGCCUGGCGCACAUGAAGCUGUGCCGCCGUGGACGGCAAAACACCGACGUUGUAUCGCGUCUGGGAUCUAGCAUGUCCUCUCUCGUUGCCCGCCGUCCCACCAACGCAACGUUGCCGGGCGACCAGCUGGGAAGUUCCGCAACGGGGCAAGGCAAUGUCGCAUGCGGGGACGACGAUCUGUUUGGUGAGCGUGAGGCACGACAAGGCGGAAGCGAGAGCGCGGCCGUCUUUGUCGUGGAGCGGCAGCACAGCGGACGUGCGCAUACCCGUGGCGUGUCCUUCGCUGCCAGCACGGUGGACCAUCGCACCGCCGUGCCAGCAGAAAAGUCAUACAGCCGAGACUUUUGCUCGCGGCGGCGAUUUCGAUCUUGUUCGUCUGUUUCUAGAAG